AUGUCAAGGGACAACUCGAAACCUUUAGCACUCGCGCGAGAGACCGAGUCCGAGGCCUCGGAGAACUUCAUAAGCAAAUAUGUCGGGCCCUACCAGAUUGAGCAAAUCGUCGGAGGGCACAGGCUAGCCUAUCGUCUUCGCCUACCAUCGACCGUUAAGAUCCAUAAUGUCCUGCCUAUCAGCAGUUUGGAACCAUACCGCGGCCGGGGUCAGCAGCUAGUUGAGCCUGAGGAUCACCCGUUCAUGAUAGAAUCUACGUACGACGUGGAACAAAUCCUCGAUCAUUGCGGACCGAGAAGUCGCCGAAGAUAUCUAGUGAAGUGGAAAGGCCACGAAGACGAAGAGAACUCCUGGGUGUCCCGAAGUGGCUUCGUCGACAAGGAGUUCCUGGUAGACUACGAUCGAUCUGUCGGCAAGUGA